AUGUCGACAAAACGGGGAAAAAAAGCAAAACCCCAACUUUAUAGCCAUAUUGCUUCAUCUAUAAUACCAAUAACAAGUAUUGUUGCUCUUCCGUCAGCUGCUCAAUGUUUUCCACAGCAAAAGAUACUCGCCAACGAAGAAUGGGGUCCAGUAGCAUCUACUUUUCUACAUGCUUCUCUUGCCAGUCAAAUACUUAUUUCACCAUCAUCGAAGACUUUAUUAAAUCAAUAUGUUGAAGAUAAUAGUCAACAUACCAGAACACGAACACCUAUUGGACGAAUGGAUGCAAGUACAGAUGAAGAAGAAGAAAGUGAUGAAGAAAAAGAUGAACGUAAAUAUCAAGAAUCACUUCAUGCAUCUACCGUCAAAAGUAGUGUAUCUCGAGUGGCAUCAUUAUCUGAUGCUGAAAAACGUCUCUUUGGACAUGUAGUUGAUGAUGAACCAACAUCAACAAUGGCUGAUGAUGAUCUUAGUUCAAAAAUUCGUUCAGAUCAAAAACCAACAGUUAAUGCUGAAAUAUCACGAUCAACAACAACAACUACUACUACCUCAGAUGACAAAAAUUUAAAACGAGCAUCAGUUACAAUUAUACGACAACAUGUACCUCCAUUAGUUCUCAAUCCUUCACCAAGUCAAUUAGGUCCAUCAUCAGCAAAACCUCAUAGUCAAAGAGAUGGUAUUGGUGACGAUGCCAAAUCAAGCACCACAACAACAACAGCACGUUCAUCUCUUAAUGAUGCAACAACAAUGCCAGUUAGUGCUCGAUCUGUUUCAUUUAAAGAACCUGUUGUUCAUGAAACAUAUGAUUCACCAUCAUCAACAUCACAAAAAACAAAUACUGUAAUAACUAAUACAAAUUAUUCUGUAUUGGAUAAAAUUGUUAUUCCACCACCAGAACAAUAUCAACAAAAUUUUAAUGAUCUUGAAAAACGUAAUCAAUUAUUAAUCGAAGAAGUUCAACAAUUACGAAUUAUUAAUCAAAGUCUACAAACUAAACAAGAAGAAUUACUUAAUCGUUUACAAACAUCACAAAAAUUAUCACAACGAGAAUUAAGCGAUCUUUUAAAACAAGCUGGACGUGAUCAAACAAAAGAUCUAGAAAAUUUAAAUAAAACAUUACAAAAUCGAUGUGAUCAGUUACAAAAUGAAUUAACUUCAAUGAAAGAACGAUAUGCACAAGAUCAAGGUCAAACAAAUACACAAGAACUUAAAAAGGAAAAUCAUUUUCUUAAAGAUUAUAUUCAUCGUUUAACUGUUGCUUCCAGUGAAUAUCAAACAAUACAUCCACCAGAUGUAUUAAAGAAAGAUACAAAUAAUGAACAACGAAAUUUAAAAGCUUUACCAAUGAAAGGUCCAUCACCAAUUUGGCUCCUUAAUCAAAAAUUUCUUGCUCCAUUAUUUGUUUGUUAUGAUGAAAAAUUACAUGAAAGAGAAGAAUUUAUUAGAAAACUUCAGACUCAACUUAAUGAAUUACAUGAUUCAGUUAAAAUCAUCACUAAUGAAAAUUUAUCAUUACAUGAACGUAUUGCUCGUACAUCAGUAUCAAUACCAAUAAAUCCAAGUCCUACACAUGUAACUGAUGUUGAUAAUAUCAAACGACAAGCUUAUCUUGUCUUAGAAGAAAAUAAAGUUCUUCAAGAACAACUUAGUUUACAAACAAAUAAAUUAACUGAUGUUCAAAAAGCACAAAUUCAAGAGGUAUCGGAUUUAACACGACGUUUAAUGAUUAUUGAAAGUGAAAAAACAGAAGCAGAUCGAUUACUUAAAACAAUGCGAAUCAAAAAUGAAGAAUUAAGAAAACAAUAUGAACAAUUAAUUAUAGAUAAUGAUCAUCGAAUGCAUGUUGAAGAUCAUGUUAGAGAAAUUAAUGAAAUGAAGCGAUUAACAGAUGAAUUAAGUAAAAAACAUGCAAGUGAAAUGCAAUUACUUCUUCGUCGAAUACAGGAUGCUGAAACUGCUAAACGAGUAGCUCAAAUGACAUUAACCGAAAGUCGUAAUGAUAACGAACGUUUAAAAAAUGAUAUAAAUGCAAUAAAAAAAUUCAAUCGAAAAUUACUAAUACGUGUAGAAACAUUUGAAAAAAAACUUGAAUUACAACAAAUAAAAGAACAACGAACAGCAACAAUGCUUGAAAAAGCUAAUGAAGAAGUUGAACAAUCUAAAUUAGAACAAGAAACUUAUUCAAUAUUAGCUAAAACAAAAGAAGAAGAAAUGAAUCAAACCAGAAUACGAAUGCAAGAAGAAGCAAAAAAAAUAACCGAACUUGAAAAUCAUCUCGAAAAUUUCAAAAGUAAAAGUAAAGAACAUGUUAUUGAAGUGCAAGAACAAAUGAAAAAACAAUAUGAUAAUUUAAAAGUACGUUGUUCGGAACAUGAACAACGUAUUCAACAACUUAUGACUUUAUUAAACGAAAAACAAGUGACCAUCGAUGACUUAAAUGCAGAAAGACGCAAUCUUGAAGUUGAUCUUGAGACUAUCUGGCAAACAACAAAUGCUGAUAAUAUGCGCAUGCGACAACAAUUACUUGACAUGCAUGCCGUGCGUUAG